CGCGGAGCGCCCAAAAAGCGGGGGGUUGCGUCGGCCUUGGCCAUUCUGUCCCGUCGUGCUCCGCGCGGUGGCCCCCUCUGCUCGCCCUCUGACCUCUGACCUCUGACCAUGGCCAACAAGGUUAUAAAGUGCAGAGCCGCCGUGGCCUGGGAGGCCGGGAAGCCGCUGUCUCUGGAGGAGGUGGAAUUGGAGCCCCCCAAAGCCCACGAAGUCCGCAUUAAGAUCCUAGCCACGGCCGUCUGCCACACGGACGCCUACACGCUGAGCGGCGCGGACCCGGAGGGCCGCUUUCCCGUCGUCCUGGGCCACGAAGGCGCCGGCGUCGUGGAGAGCGUCGGCGACGGAGUCACCAAGUUCAAACCAGGUGACACCGUGAUUCCGCUGUACAUCCCGCAGUGUGGGGACUGCAAGUUCUGCCGGAACCCGAAAACCAACCUGUGCCAGAAGAUCCGGGUGACCCAGGGCCAGGGGCUGAUGCCGGACGGCAGCAGCCGGUUCAGCUGCCGGGGCCGCCCGCUGUUCCACUUCAUGGGGACCAGCACGUUCGCGGAGUACAGCGUGGUGGCCGACAUCUCCUUGGCCAAGGUGGAGCCCUCGGCGCCCCCGGACCGCGUCUGCCUGCUGGGCUGCGGCGUGGCCACCGGCUACGGAGCGGCGCUCAACACGGCCCAGGUGGAACCCGGCUCCACCUGCGCCGUCUUCGGGCUGGGGGGCGUGGGCCUGGCGGCCGUCAUGGGGUGCCGGGCGGCCGGGGCGGCCCGCGUCAUCGGCGUGGACGUCAACGCGGACAAGUUCGCCAAGGCCAGGGAGCUGGGAGCCACCGAGUGCCUCAACCCCCGGGACUACGAGAAGCCCAUCCAGGAGGUGCUGGUCGAAAUGACCGACGGGGGAGUGGACUUCUCCUUCGAGUGCAUCGGCAACGUCGGCGUCAUGAGAGCCGCCCUGGAGUCCUGCCACAAAGGCUGGGGGGUCAGCGUCAUCGUCGGGGUGGCGGCGUCCGGCCAGGAGAUCGCCACGCGCCCCUUCCAGCUGGUCACUGGCCGCACUUGGAAAGGCACCGCCUUCGGAGGGUGGAAGAGCGUGGAGAGCGUCCCCAAGCUGGUGGACGACUACAUGGCCAAGAAGAUCCGGGUGGACGAAUUCGUCACUCACACCCUGCCCUUCGACCGAAUCAACGAGGCCUUUGAGUUGAUGCGCUCGGGAAAUUGCAUCCGCUGCGUCCUGAAGUUUUAAGGAACCAGGCCGGAUCGGAUCGGAUCGGACUGCCGCAGUUCCAGGAGCAUUUUAGUUGUUCCCUUUAGUGACUGACGCUCACCGGCGGGCCCCCCGCCUUCUCCUUCGGCCCCUCUUUGCCCCCAAGCUGGCGGACCCCCGAAUCCCGGCAAUAAACGGAGUUGAAGGAUCCAGA